AUAAGUGCCAAACAUAACCUCUAAAAUUGCAGUAAAUUGUAAAUGUUAUUACUCCCAAUUUUUCUCAGAAAUUAAGGGUGAUAUUACUACAUGUGCAAUCAUAUUAUAACUAGUAAAGAAAAAAUGUGAUAUUUGGCGCUGAUAAAGAAAUUUAUCCAAACACUUAUCAAACUGGACUUAUCUGAGAGUGUGAUUGUUUAUCUUGUUUUUUUAGUGCAUACAGGGAAAACACUUUUUACAGUGAAAUUUAACAGAUAGGAAAUGGUCAGUAAACACUUUGUAGAAGGUUAUGAUGAAUUCUGUAAAUUUAUCGAAAAGUUUGAUGAUAAGGGUCAGCCUAUACACAUCUAUUUUGGAGGUUCAAAACUGCCAUCUGGAGAAAGUUGGUGUGAUGAUUGUGUAAGAGCUGCCCCAGUUAUUGAAGAGGCUUUAGAGAAAGCGAAAUAUGAAGGGCACUUUAUUUAUGUUCAAGUUGGAGACAGACCUUUUUGGAAAGACAUGAAUUGUCCUUUUCGAAAAGAUAAAAAAACUAAAUUAAUGGUGCUCCCAACCGUUUUACGGUGGCAACAACCACAGCGGUUGGAAGGAGACCAGUGUGAAAAAUUGGACCUUUUAGAAAUGCUACUCAGUGGUGAGGAAUGAGUUGGACACACCUUACAAAUUCAGUAUAUAUCAAAUAAAUUUAUUUUAUUGAGUGAAUAACUACAGCUUAUUCUACUUUUCCCCAGUUGCUUAAUAAAUAUCAUGUUUAUAAAGUAAAA